AUGAAUUACGAAUUUGAGCGAGAGAUUGGUUUUAUCAAUAGCCAGCCGUCGCUCGCGGAGUGCCUGACAUCUUUUCCCCCUGUCGCUGAUACAUUUCAAAGUUCAUCAAUCAAGACCUCGACGCUUUCACACUCGACACUGAUUCCUCCUCCUUUUGAGCACACCAUUCCCAGCCUGAACCCGGGCAGUCACCCUCGCCACGGCGCUGGCGGACGCCCCAAGCCGAGCCCCGCGGGCAGCCGCGGCAGCCCGGUGCCCGCUGGCGCGCUGCAGCCGCCCGAGUACCCCUGGAUGAAGGAGAAGAAGGCGGCCAAGAAGACAGUGCUGCCGCCCGCCUCUGCCGCCGCCGCCGUCGCCACCACCGGCCCUGCCUGCCUCAACCACAAAGACUCCCUGGAAAUCGCCGAUGGCGGCGGCGGGGCCUCCAGGCGCCUAAGAACUGCUUACACCAACACGCAGCUCUUGGAGCUGGAGAAAGAAUUUCAUUUCAACAAGUACCUCUGCAGACCCCGCCGGGUGGAGAUCGCAGCCCUGCUGGAUUUGACCGAGAGACAAGUGAAAGUGUGGUUUCAGAACCGGAGGAUGAAGCACAAGAGGCAGACCCAGUGCAAGGAGAACCAGAACAGUGAGGGCAAAUUUAAAGGCCUCGAGGACUCAGAGAAAGUCGAGGAGGACGAGGAGGAGAAGUCGCUCUUUGAGCAAGCCCUCAGCGUCUCCGGGGCCCUUCUGGAGAGGGAAGGUUACACUUUUCAGCAAAAUGCCCUCUCUCAGCAGCAGGCUCCCAAUGGACACAAUGGCGACUCCCAAAGUUUCCCAGUUUCGCCUUUAACCAGCAAUGAGAAAAAUCUGAAACAUUUUCAGCACCAGUCACCCACUGUUCCUAACUGCUUGUCAACAAUGGCCCAGAACUGUGGCGCUGGCCUAAACAAUGACAGCCCCGAGGCCCUGGGGGUGCCCUCUUUGCAGGACUUUAACGUUUUCUCCACAGAUUCCUGCCUGCAGCUUUCAGAUGCUGUCUCGCCCAGUUUGCCAGGUUCCCUGGACAGCCCCGUAGAUAUUUCAGCUGACAGCUUUGACUUUUUUACAGACACACUCACCACAAUCGACCUGCAACAUCUGAACUACUAAAAAUAUUAAAGCAAAACAAAGCAUCACAAAAAAACAAAACAAAACCCCCGUUUGGCCAGGUGGUUUGGCCUUCUUUCAUUCUGGGAGUUGAUUUCUUUCUUUCCUUCCUCCAUGACCUCCUUCCUUGAAAUGUUGAGGAUUUUUCUGUUGAGUGAGUCCCCUUUGGCUCCGCUUCAGAGCCAUCUUUUCCAGAUUAUUUUGGCGUUGUCCUGAUUUUAAGCCCAACCCAGUCACCCUCCAUGUGAUUUCCUGGAAGCAAUAUAUGAGGCCUGCAAGAAAGUGAUCACAUAAUUGUAACCUCACUUUCUUUUUAUUUUUGUAUUACAGUAGGAUGCAUUGUCAUGCGUAUUUUUGGUAGAAUAAAUUCUCCUUUGCUACAAGUAGCUUUCUUAUUUUUUUCUUCCCUUCUUGCUCAUGACUCGUAAUGGUUUUUCUUCUUUUCGUCUAACUGAACUUGGUAAAUAAAGUUCUGGUCAUGGUU